AACUGCUCUGUGCGAAGCCUGGAACCAAACGCUGGUGUGUAGGUGGCUGAGAACAACAGCCAUUUUCUUACAACGGAGUUGGGGAGAAUAGCCUAGCAAAAACAAAACUACGUUUUAUGUUCUGUGCUUGUGAAGUACACCAGAAGGUUUUCCAAUGGGAUCGUCUCCCAGGCACCCUGUGAAGCAGCCAGGAUAGUGACCUUAAGGAUGAGUAACAACCUGCUCAAAGAAUGCCCUGCCUGUGUCCCAGGACACAAACUCAUGGCUAGGUUAGGAUUCAUUUCUUCCUUUGAUUUGGAGUCUCUUCCACUGUCAGUAUUCCCCUCAUUCAUAUUUUAUGAGCUUAAUUUGCAGAGAAGAGCAUUGUCAGAGGGGCUUCCUAGAGAAAGUUCCAUUAAUUGCCGUCCCAUCUGAUCAUUAGGUUCAGAGACUCAAGUGGGAGGACAGCAGAAAGAAAUGGAUUGUGAUGUAAAUCUGUAUUAUCAGAGAUACUUAGGUAACCGCUCAGCUACAGUUCUGCAAGUGCCAUGCUGGAACUCCACAUUAUAAUUUACACAUUUUGUUCAUUUGAAACGUGUGAGGUUCUGAGUCGGCCGUCAGGGCACCUUUGAGGAGGAAGGCUUGCCUCACAGAGUGUAGGCGCAAGUGUGAGGCUAAACCUGCCACCAGAUCACUACAGCUGCACAGGUACCUGAAGUCAGCACUGUGACUUCUGUGAGAACCGGAGGAGCUGUGUCCCUUAGCCCACUGGGCCCCUGCAGGCUAAUCUCUCUCCUGUCUGGUACUGUGGGGCUAGCAGUCUUCCUGCCCUCCCUCCACUGUCACCCCCCAACCCACUUUCCCACAGGACUGCAGAUUUCUUUUUCUUAGCCAUGUCUUUCCUGGGCUUCCCAGCUUGGACUUCCUUCAUCUAUUAGGAUUUUCUUCUGUGGUGUCUCCCAACUAUUUGCUGACUUCUCCCUUCUAUUUCCCACUAGGAACCCUCCCAUCUCAUCACAUUAAACUCACUUUUCUCUUUCACAUCCCUUCUUUUCUGCCUACUCCCCCAAUACACAUCUGUGCACAAAAUUGCACAUUUAUGCCUUUGAUAAUUCCCCUUCAGGUUUACCCUGUUUCCCUCUUCUCAGGCUUUCCCAGUACUGAUUAUCUGUAAACACAAGAAUGAAUUUCAAGGCCAGUCACUUAACCUCUUAAAGCCUGUUUUCUCAUCUAUAAAAUGGCGCUGUUAAUCCCUCAGGAUAGAAUGAGGGUACAGUUUUUAAAAUGAAGCUGGGUAGUCUUUGUGAGAGUGUGUGUACACUUUAACAUAAGCAUUUCUCCCCAGCUACCUCCCCCUUCACAUACACACAUCCUAUUUACAGAGUGCUGGGGGAGGUGGGAGUGUAGCGUGGGCCCUGCUGUCUAGCAAUCUGCAGUCACACACAGCAGCCCAAGCUACGAGAUUGUAUAUGAUGAAGUGCCAAACAGAGCUUUGGGGAAUUCAGGAAAGAGAGAUGACAUGUCUUUCCCAGGGUCCUUUUAGUUAAAUGACAGAGCCAUUUGAAUCUUGUUCACCCUCCUUCAGGCCAAUGUGCAUCUGCCUCUUCUCCUAGCCCCUGCCUCUCCAGAGUUCAGACUCUCAGGCACAUGCAAGAGUCAGUUACCUUAUGUCCCUGUAGCCUUCAGCAUUUUAGUCCUGCUCUUCGGCCCACUACAAUAAUGUCAUGUAUGAGGGAGGGGGAGGAUCAGGCCAGGUCAUGGCUAGAGCCCCAGUUUGAUUCAAACCCUAGAGGGGUCUUUAACAGCCCGUGAGGCAAAGGUAUAGCCCGAGUUGCCAGGAAACUGCAGCACCAAAGGUGGCUUGGGAGGACCAUCCUGGACCUCCCCUGGUUGGGAAGUUAAUUCUGAGGGGGGCUUUCUAGAUUGCUUCUAGGUGAGGUGACUGAGCCUAGGAGGGACAGGAUAUCUGAUUGCCUAUGAGGAGAGUUAACUGGAAGACCUGGAGUAAGAAUGAUGUUCAACAUGAGCUGGAAGGGAAGGCAGUUAUCUGAGUGACCCAGUCCCUGAGGAGGUAAACCCCGGUUACCAUAAGGUUUGGUUGAGUGGACAAGUGCAAACCCUUGUGGCUUAUUUAUCCAGAAAAACAGCAUUGUCUUUGUGAACUUCUGGUCAGGCCGUUACUUCAUCCCACUAAGCCCGACCCCCUUAGACUUCAGGCUGAAGGACCAAGCAGCUGGAGGCUCUUGAGCUGGGAAUCCAGACCCCGUUGUGUGUUCAGAGCUGCCCCAACGCUCGGCCUCCACCAACUGUGGCCCACUGCACCCUAGGCAGAGAGCAGAAAAGAGUGGCAGGCGCGCAAGAAGUGAGGUCCAGAUUAGAAGACAGGAUAGAGGGCCCUCGGAAAGUUAAGCCCCCAGAGAACAGUUUUGUAAGUCCCCAAUAGUAGACAAGUCGGAGGGGUCCUAGGGCUAGGAGGGGAGAGAGGUGGGUUUUAAGCCUGUCGAGGGCGCAUGGCGUGAUGAGGCCACCACCAGGGGGCGAUACGGGGGCCACGGCCCUUGGAGGCGGAGGACGCCAGAUGCCCGGAGGCCGUGGGAGUCUUACCUCAAACCUUUAUUGUGUAGGGUGGGGGGCGCAAAAGAAGAGAACGGCGCCCUUCCCUGCACGCCACCCAGUCGGUCCCGCCUCCCUGGCCCCGCCUUCCAGCCCCCGCCCCACCCCCGGCUCCGCCUCCACCCCCACCCCGCCUCCGGCCGCGGCCCCUUCCUCCCGCAGCUGGUGCUGUGGGGCCGCGGAGCAGCGCGUCGCCGUCUCUAUGGCCAGGGAUCCGAGCGCAAAGAAAACGGACCUCAGAGAACCAGGACUAGUCCUUCUGUCGGGGCAGGGUGACCCCAUCAGUGACCUACAACCCCUGUAUGACCCUACAACUCCCUCCCACCAUGGAGUUUGUAUUUGAUGCAGAAAGGCAGUGUGUGAUCCAUCCUUCCCUCUGACCUCUAACCUGGGAUUCCAUGGCCACACAACCCUGUGAUUCCAUGUCCCCUCGAUUCCAGGACCCUCCCUGGCCCCAUGACCCCUGACCUUCCAAGUGACCUCUCUGGACCUUGACCCCCGUGACUGUUCUUCCCAUCAUCCCCUGUGACUCUGGCCUUGGCUCCCCUUGGGGGUCUUACUGGUCUGGGCCUCCCAAGGAAGAUGUGGGGGAGGCUCUGGCCCCUCUUCCUGAGCUUCCUCACAGCAACUGCUGUCCCUGGACCCUCACUGCGGAGGCCAUCCAGAGAACUAGAUGCCACCCCGCGGAUGACCAUCCCCUAUGAAGAGCUCUCCAGGACCCGGCACUUCAAGGGUCAAGCCCAGAACUACUCAACACUGCUACUGGAGGAGUCCUCCGCAAGACUGCUGGUUGGAGCCCGAGGUGCCCUGUUCUCUCUCAAUGCCCGUGACAUAGGAGAUGGGGCUCACAAAGAGUCCUGUCACCUGGUCCCACAGACAAUGGUGAAAGACAAGGGUACUGGGGUUAGCACAUCAGCCCAUUCCUUUCCCCGUCUCCAGAUCCGCUGGGAGGCCUCCCCAGAGAUGCAAAGCAAAUGUCAUCAGAAAGGGAAAAACAACCAGACGGAAUGCUUCAACCAUGUGCGAUUCCUUCAGCGGCUCAACACCACCCACUUCUACGCAUGUGGGACUCAUGCCUUCCAGCCCCUCUGUGCAGCCAUUGAUGCUGAGGCCUUCACCUUGCCAACAAGCUUCGAAGAGGGGAAGGAGAAGUGUCCUUACGACCCAGCCCGUGGCUUCACAGGCCUCGUCAUUGAUGGAGGCCUCUACACAGCCACGCGGUAUGAAUUCCGGAGCAUCCCUGACAUCCGCCGGAGCCGCCACCCACACGCCCUGAGGACUGAGGAGGCACCAAUGCACUGGCUCAACGAUGCUGAGUUUGUCUUCUCGGUCCUGGUGCGGGAGAGCGAGGCCAGUGCAGUGGGUGAUGACGACAAGGUUUACUACUUCUUCACGGAGCGUGCCACUGACGAGGUCCCCAACAGCUUUGCUCAGAGCCGCAACAGCCACCGUGUGGCCCGUGUGGCCCGUGUGUGCAAGGGAGACCUGGGAGGAAAGAAGAUCUUGCAGAAGAAGUGGACCUCCUUCCUAAAGGCGCGUCUCAUUUGCCACAUUCCCCAGUAUGAGAUGCUACGUGCUGUCUGCAGCCUGGACGCUGACGCCUCAGCCCGCACGCACUUUUAUGCGGCCUUCACGCUGACCACACAGUGGAAGACCCUAGAGGCCUCAGCCAUCUGCCGCUACGACCUGGCCGAGGUGCAGGCUGUCUUCGCAGGUCCCUACAUGGAGUACCAGGAUGGUGCCCGGCGCUGGGGCCGCUAUGAGGGUGGAGUGCCAGAGCCCCGGCCUGGCUCAUGCAUCACAGAUUCAUUGCGCACCCGCGGCUACAACUCAUCCCAGGAUUUGCCAUCCCUGGUCCUGGACUUUGUGAAGUUGCACCCACUGAUGGCCCGGCCCGUGGUGCCCACACGCGGACGGCCCCUGCUGCUCAAGCGCAAUGUGCGCUAUACACACCUCACAGGGACGCCUGUCACCACGCCUGCCGGGCCCACCUAUGACCUGCUCUUUCUGGGCACAGUCGAUGGCUGGAUCCACAAGGCCGUGGUGCUGGGCUCUGGGAUGCACAUUAUCGAAGAGACGCAAGUGUUCGAGGAGCCCCAGUCUGUGGAAAAUCUGGUCAUCUCUCCAAUGCAGCAUAGCCUCUACGUGGGGGCCCCGAGUGGAGUCAUCCAGCUACCACUGUCGAGCUGCCCCCGCUACCGCUCCUGCUAUGACUGCAUCCUGGCCCGGGACCCCUACUGUGGCUGGGACCCCAGCACCCAUGCCUGCACCGUAUUCAGCAGGUCCCAGGGGAGCAGGACAGCCCUGAUACAGGACAUGGAGAGAGGCAACCGAGGCUGCGAAGGCAACAGGGACACAGGACCACCACCACCACUGAAAACCCGCUCUGUGCUCCGAGGGGAUGAUGUCCUCCUGCCCUGUGACCAGCCAUCCAACCUGGCCCGGGCCUUGUGGUUGCUCAAUGGGAGCAUGGGCCUGAGUGAUGGGCAGCAUGGCUACCGCGUGGGUGUGGAUGGGCUGCUGGUGACAGACAUACAGCCUGAACACAGUGGCAACUACGGCUGCUAUGCUGAGGAGAAUGGCCUCCGCACCCUGCUGGCCUCCUACAGCCUCACAGUCCGGCCGGCCACUCCUGCCCCAGCUCCACAAGCCCCUGCCAUGCCUGGGGCACAGCUGGCCCCUGACGUGAGGCUGCUCUAUGUGCUAGCCAUCGCUGCCCUUGGCGGCCUCUGCCUCAUCCUAGCUUCCUCCCUCCUCUAUGUGGCCUGUCUUCAGGGAGGCAGACGAGGGCGUCGAAGGAAAUACUCUCUGGGUCGGGCUGGCCGGGCAGGGGGCUCUGCUGUGCAGUUGCAGACUGUUUCAGGCCAGUGUCCUGGAGAGGAAGAUGAGGGUGAUGAUGGGGAGGGGCCUGGGGGACUGGAAGGUGGCUGCCUCCAGAUCAUCCCUGGGGAGGGAGCCCCAGCCCCACCGCCUCCACCACCCCCACCCCCACCGGCUGAGCUGACCAAUGGGCUGGUGGCUCUGCCCAGCCGGCUGCGCAGGAUGAACGGCAACAGCUACGUGCUCCUGAGGCAGAGCAACAAUGGAGUGCCAGCAGGGCCCUGCUCAUUUGCCGAGGAGCUCAGCCGCAUCCUGGAGAAGAGGAAACACACGCAACUCGUAGAGCACCUGGAUGAGAGCUCUGUCUGAGCCCAGCUUCCUAGGACAAAUGCUCUUCCAAGCCAGCCUGUCUGCCCCAGGCCGGGCUGCUGCUUCCCCAACACAGCCACUCUACCUUCACCCCCCUCCCCAACUCCAGGCCCUUCUCCCAACUUUUUGAUGUCCCUGUAGGGCUGGCAGAGUCAGGCCCAGCCAAAGCCCCCUCCUCAGUCUCCACAGACCCAUCUGUGAGCAGCCCAGGCCAACCGGUGCUCCUCAGAGGCAGGGCUCUGCAGGUCCAGAUGACCUCCAUGUCACCACCCUCUGCAUGGCCCUAUGUGCUGGACGGUCCCGAAACCAGACGAGACCUCUGCCAGCCACCAGAGCCACCUGAGCCCUGCGUACAUUCACACGUGCACAUGGAUGAAUGUCCAUCAGCUGGGCUGCAGGGCCCCCACCCCCAUCUCCUGGUGCAUUCUUGUGUUUCAUCUCUCCUGGACUUUGGGUACCCUUCCUAUUGCCACAUCCCAUCCUAUCUAGUCCUCUCCCCUAGUUCCAACCCCAUGUGGUGACCUCUUUGGCAAGAGCUUGGGAACAGGCCAGCCUGGGGAGGUAAGACUGUGAGACUGUGUCAUUCCCCUCUUCUUCCUUAAUGUGCAGCCCUCGUGAGUCAGCCUCCCCACCCCCUUGGUCACUCUCAAGAGUGACAGACAGAGCCCCAGGCAUGUCCCUUCACGCACAUGUGCUUACAUUUCCACAUGUAUUUCUGAGCCUCCCUUUGCUGCCUCAGACCUGUAUCUGUUGGGUUUGGUCCAUGGACAUUUCAGAGGGAGAGCCCUCUCCUGUUCAGCUGUCCCCCUAGGGACAUUUCCCUAGGACGGGUGACCAACACUGCAAUGAGCCAGCCUCCCUUUUGGGGACCAAGCAUUUGCUACCCCUAGACCAGAGCAGGGGGAGAUCUGAGGUCUCAUCAACCUGGCACAUGAAGCCCGUUCUUGGAACUAUGCAAAGGGCAGAGGCUGGGAGUUUGGAUGCUUGGCUCCCAUCCCUGUCCUACCUCACCGGGGCACUUUCAGGGUCCAGGGGCCUCUGAAGUUUCCAUUGAUAUCGGACAAUCAAAUCCUGACUGAGCUCCCCCGUUCUCCUUGGGUGAGGAUGACUGUUAUUUUUGUAGCCGAGAACGUGGAAUCCCCACGGAUUUUUACUGCCCUUCACCCAAUCUCUCCCACCUCCACCCCACAAUGAAUGUAUUUAUUGUGAGAACAGCUAUACUUCUUUAGGAAUGCCCCCACUCACCACCCAGGUGGGCAGAACAGGCAUGAGACAGAGUGGGGAGCCUGGGCUCAGCUCCUCCCCCUCCUGUUGGUUAAUAAAUACCCUCUCUCCCCACAGCUAUGUGUGUUCCGCUUGGUCUAGAUUGGCCUUCCCUGAUCACCAGGGGGCAGGCUUCUGAGCCUAUGGAAACAGUGCUGCAGGGUUGGCUCUGCUCCCUAUAAAACCAUUUGCAGAGAAAACUGGGAUCCUCAGCUUCCAUCUGGCUAUACCCUGGGCAGGUACACAGGCCUUUAUAAGGUUCUCACCACUCACUGAGCAUGGUGAUAAGGGCAUGACAAAAUUACAGCUGUUCAAGAAUUCAUACAAAGAUUUCUAGGUUUCUACCUCUUGACUCUCUUCCUCACCAUUCCUCCCCCUUGUUUUAGCUAAGCCUAGAAGAUGCUCCCUGUUUAUUUCUCUUGCUUGUCCACAAGAAGCUUUUCAGUACCUCCCCUCCCCCAACAAAGGACAACAUGAAUUCCUUUCUGCAGAGGGGCCUGUCUUGGGGAAUAGUUAGGACAAGGGCAAGCUUGUUACCACAGAUCUGACCUGAGAAUCACUCUCCAAGGGUCAGGACUAGAUUAAUCACAUGGCCUUUGAUACUAACCAUCCUGAAGGGUUAUAUGUUCCGCUUCUGGUUUUAGGAUAACGAAAAGUGAGGUUAUAUUUAAAAUCUACACAUAUUUUGAAGACCUCAAGUGUAACCUCGAACAUGUUUAUUAACCUCAGUUUUCUAAUCUAAACAUUCACACGGAUAUAAAGUGAUUAUCCUAAUGCCAGGUCCACAGCAGGGUGGAAGAUGCUAGCUCUCUAGCUCAAUGGUUACAGAAAAAGGACACGGGGGAUUCUUCAGAUGCCAAUCUUGAAAGCGCUCGCUGGGAUUUGAGAUCACUGUUAUCAAUCUGGAUUUCAGAAAUAAAUGCCUGUAAUAUCCUUGAAGAGUCAGGUUUCAGGGAUAUCAAAUGGGGAAGAAUUAGGAGACGAACAAAGUCACUGCCCUGC